GGGUGUAGAAAGAAUGACGUUAUUAAUUUGUGCGACAAGAGUUUUACUAUUACUAGGUUUCGUCAUCCGCAGGCGCCAACAACAACAUUGGGAGGGAGUUUCGAAGUGGCUAACUAGCCGUUACACAGAACAACAAAUGUACAUUUGGUAAAAUAUGCAAUCCAUGGAGAGUCGAUUGUAACACCCGAUAACUACACCCUUAAACCCUCAAGGAUGGCUACCCCGAGCAAGACCCCCCCUGGCGCCGACCCCAAGCAGCUGGAACGGACAGGGACAGUCCGUGAGAUCGGGUCCCAGGCUGUGUGGUCACUGUCCUCCUGUAAACCAGGGUUCGGGGUGGACCAGCUGAGAGACGACAACCUGGAGACGUACUGGCAGUCUGACGGCUCUCAGCCGCACCUGGUCAACAUCCAGUUCAGGAGGAAGACCACGGUGAAGAUGCUGUGUGUCUAUGCUGACUACAAGUCUGAUGAGAGCUACACUCCCAGCAAGAUCUCCGUCAGAGUAGGGAACAACUUCCACAACCUGCAGGAGAUCAGACAGCUGGAGAUGGUGGAACCUGGAGGCUGGAUCCACGUUCCCCUCCUGGACCCCCUGAACAGCCCCAUCAGAACCUUCAUGAUCCAGAUUGCCGUGCUGGCAAACCACCAGAACGGCCGGGACACCCACAUGAGGCAGAUCAAGGUGUACACCCCCGUGGAGGAGAGCUCCAUAGGGAGGUUCCCACGAUGCACCACGGUGGACUUUAUGAUGUUCCGCACCAUCAGAUGAUACCUGGCUCUCCCUCACCCAGACUGGUUCAGAAAGGUCCAAAGACUAGUCCCUUGCCCAGACUGCCUUCUACAGACUUGUCCAGACUGGUUUAAACUGGUUCUGACCCAGUAACCAUGCCCCGUGCCUACUCUCCUUACCCAUGUCUUUCUGUAUCUCUGUUUAUCUGCCUGUUGUUGUAAUAAACGUAACUGUGAGAAGA